CCAUGUUGAGUUUGAAAGUGAGUUUUUUAAUGAAAGUCAGUCUCUUUAGAGCUUUUCAGGGAUUUAGUGUGAGGAAUCUUGUGAAAUACACUUUGAUCAUGUGAGUGCUUUUAAAGCUAUGUAAUGAAAGUCUCACCGCUGGAACCAAGCCAUGAGGGACUUGUCCAUUUUUCUCCUAAAGAUUUCUCUGGCUGCUAAAAUGAGGAAAGGCUUCAGAAACUUCUGCAAUGGUGAUGCCUCGACUGCAACGCUCGACCAGCAAAAACUUGAUCCAUACAACUUGGAGAGCAAUACUCAGGGGGAAAGACACGCCACCUUAGAGGAGAUGAUAAAGCAGUUAGAUUUGGAAGAGAAAAUGGCUAGAAGAGAAAAACUUGAUGAUGAUGAUGAUGAUGAUAGGGUAAUUCCACAUCGGAUGUCGUGUGUUAAUAGUUCUGAUAUUCUGCGGACUGCAAGGAACGCAUUAAAUCAGUACCCUCGGUUUUCUCUUGAUGGAAAAGAUUCUAUGUAUCGUUCUUCAUUUCAAAACCUGGCUUCUGCAUCAAGAAAGUCAAUAUCCCGGAACCAUGGUUCUAACAUAGAAGCAGAGAGAACUCGACGUUUGCCUUCUAAGUUGGCAGGGGAACGUGUCAUUUGGUGCAAGCCCGGGGCAGUGGCUAAACUUAUGGGUUUGGAGGCCAUGCCAAUACCAGUAAAAAGGCAAAAUAUCAGGAGAAAAACUGAAAGGCAUGAAAAUUUUGGCAAUGACUUGAGGAGAGAAAUUAAGGGUUCCUGCUCAAGAACUGGAUAUUGUUUUAUGAAGCCUGUAGCAGUGGAACUUCCAAAUGGCGAAUUAGGCUGGCCAAUUCAACGUUUUCUCUAGAAUAAUACAUGGUUUCGGAGAUGAUUAUUUUAAAUUGUUUAAAAAGAGAUUCUAUCCAGAUGACAAUGAUGCUGCUUAACUUGAAGUUAAUGAUUGUUACCUGCAAACUAUUACCAUAUAAAUUCUACCCUUUCAAAUUAUCAGUAAAAAAGUGAAUUCCAUUCAUUGCAGUUAAAUAAAAACGCUACUGGGAUCUCUUCUUAGUGGCUUUCGACCUAGACUGUUUUUACUCUUAUUGAAGUGCAUAAAAGUAUCGAUGUUGGUUAAUUUUUCUGCUUUUUCUUCAUUAGUUGGAGUUUAUGUCGUAUAUUCUCUCCUAAAUUUGUACUUUUGUGUUUAUUUUUCCAGUAAUAAUACAUACUCCACUUCACGUG